UGUUUAUUUGCCAUUCCUACCCCACAACUUCUUUCGUUCAGCCACAUAGUAAACGGAUCAAACCAGACAAAUAUAACGAUCUAACAUUUGUAUCUUGCAUUUCCCCUUCCUCAGUCGUUUUCUCUGGAAUAUAUCUGCCUGUUUUGUUAUACGUACGUACAACUCCCGGUUGGGGAUCCAUUCGCUUGAAGGCCCGGCGUGAAGACGGUGUGUGCCACCGCAUCAACAGAAAAAAAGAGACGGGAAAGUCAGAAAAAGAAUCAUGGCACCGACACUUGCUUUCGAAUCUAAUAUUGGAGAGUUGGCGCGGAGAGCAGCUGUUUUAUCGUCUUCGUCUUUCGCUGCUUCGUUUGAAGCUGAGACUUCAUCGGGAUUGUACGCGCGGCAUGGAUUCGCGAAGAGAGAUCUAUCUGUCAACCACACCCAGGGUGUUACGCUGGGUGUGAUAGGAGCUUAUGUGGUUGUUAUUGCGUUAUUGUGGAAUUUACCGUAUGUGAGGUGGGUGUUGUGGCCGUUUAAGAUGCUCGUCAUAGCCUUCCACGAAUUCUCCCACGCAAUCACCGCCGUCUGCACCGGCGGCCGCGUCGAAUCCAUCUCGCUCGACCCCCACGAAGGCGGCGUCACGCACAUGCGCGGCGGCAAGCAGAUCGUCACGCUGCCCGCUGGCUACCUGGGCUCCUCGCUCAUCGGCGCCUUGCUCACCUUUUGCGGCUUCAACAUUGUCGCGUCCAAAGUAGCGAGUAUCGUGCUAGGUGUGUGCUUUUUGCUGACGCUGUGGUGGGCGCGCAAGGAUUGGCUGACGAUUUUGACGAUUUUGGGGAGUGUGGGGUUGUUGGUGGGCUUUUGGUUUAUUGAGCAUGGGGAGGCGUUGAGAUUUUUGGUUCUUUUCAUUGGUGUCAUGUCCUCGCUGUAUAGCGUCUGGGAUAUCUGUGAUGAUCUUAUUCUGCGCAAGGUAAAUUCUUCAGACGCGAGUGUCUUUGCGAAGCGCUAUGGAGGCUCCUCGCAGUGCUGGGGCGUCAUUUGGUCGAUUGUGUCGCUGCUGUUUAUGGUUGGUGGUAUUUUGGCUGGGUUGGCGGCGUUUAAGCAGAGUUUUGAGCAGCAGCAGAAGGAUAGUCAGGGGUUCAUUCCUACAAUGCGGUAGAUGAAGUGGUCAUACAUAGGGCAAGCUAUAAUGCUGUUUGGAAAAUAUGGAUUCAUGAUAUUGGUUGAUGAAAUAGAUUAGUACGUAUACUAUGAUCUCCCUCCCUGGGGUUAGCAGAACAUCCCACCACGUAGAAUCAUGAACAUCGUUCAAGCACUACCAACUCAAUCCCGCCAUAUAAUGAAGACUAAGC